AUGGCCGCCGCCCAAGGAGUUGGUCCCGCUCUCUAUCACGAACGCGGCCGAUAUCCCGAAGUCAAAGUCGGAGUCUCAGUCGAAGCAGAAGUCGGGAUCGCGAUUCUCGUUCUCACGGAUAUAAGGGCAAUGGCAGAACUCUCAGCUCUCCUAGUUCCCCAAGGAGUUCAAAGAGGCACUGCAUAUAUACUCUAUCACGACCCUGCAGAUGCAGAGGCCGCUAUUGCGCAUAUGCAUGAAGCUCAACUCGAUGUGCUAGAGGCUCCAGCCGCCAAUCGCAUGGCCGUGGUCAACCUUUUGACAGUCGCCCUCGCAUCUCUCCGUACUCUCGCAGAUCUUCACCUCCGCAGCGAAGGUAUGGCCGUGCCAGGCCUAUGGAAAAGCAUGAUCUCUAUCGUCCGCGGUCUCUGA